UCAGAUCUUGGCACACAAUGUUUCCCGCUCGCAUUGGAUCGCUGUUUUUGGUGGUGACGAUGGUGGCGGCGAUUCUAGUGAUAGUGGCCGCCGGAAAGGCGCGUCAUCGGGCGGACAACUGUCCGACCAUCAAGCUGAAGCGCCAAUGGGGCGGUAAGCCAUCGCUGGGCCUCCAUUACCAAAUCCGUCCCAUCCGCUACGUGGUCAUCCAUCACACGGUCACCGGCGAGUGCAGCGGUUUGAUAGAGUGUGCCGAUAUUCUUCAGAACAUGCAGACUUAUCAUCAAAAGGAGUUGAACUACAAUGAUAUCAGUUACAACUUUCUGAUCGGCAGUGAUGGCAUUGUUUACGAGGGCACUGGCUGGGGAUUGCGAGGAGCCCACACCUAUGGCUACAACGGCAAUGGCACGGGCAUAGCCUUCAUCGGGAACUUCGUGGAUAAACUUCCAACGGAUGCGGCUCUGCAGGCGGCCAAAAGUCUUCUGGCCUGCGGGGUGCGACAGGGGGAGUUGAGCGAAGAUUACGCCCUGAUCGCCGGUUCCCAGGUGAUCAGCACCCAGAGUCCAGGACUGACGCUUUAUAACGAGAUCCAGGAGUGGCCGCACUGGCUUUCAAAUCCCUGAAAUUCCACAAAAAUACACUCUCUUCGUUGUGACGAAAGCUUCGAUAACCGAUUGACGGGCAGCUGGAAUUUACAGUUAUUAAUGGCCUUCCAAUACACUUCCAUUAAAAAAACGCAUACUUUUGUGCAUUCAACUUUAAUGUAAAGCGUAAAUCAUAAUUAAACGACAAAUAAUAAGAGACCGUAAA